GGAGCCGCGGGCGGCGGCGCGGCGCGGGGCGGCCAUGGCGGGGCGGCGCGGGGCGCUGAUCGUGCUGGAGGGCGUGGACCGCGCGGGCAAGAGCACGCAGGCCGGCCGGCUGGUGGCCGCGCUGAGCGCCGCGGGGCGCCGCGCCGAGCUGCUCCGCUUCCCGGAAAGAUCAACUGAAAUCGGAAAACUUCUGAGUUCCUACUUAGAGAAGAAAAGUGAAGUGGAGGACCACUCUGUGCACCUGCUGUUCUCUGCGAAUCGCUGGGAACAAGUGCCAUUAAUUAAGGAAAAGUUGAGCCAGGGCGUGACCCUCGUCGUGGACAGAUACGCGUUUUCUGGUGUUGCCUUCACGGGUGCGAAGGAGAACUUUUCCCUGGACUGGUGCAAACAGCCGGACGUGGGCCUCCCCAAGCCCGACCUGGUCCUGUUCCUGCAGCUGCGGCUGGCGGACGCAGCGCAGCGGGGCGCCUUCGGCCGGGAGCGCUACGAGGACAGGGCUUUCCAGGAGCGGGCGCUGCGCUGCUUCCAGCAGCUCAUGGGAGACGCGACCGUGAACUGGAAGAUAGUCGAUGCUUCCAAGAGCAUUGAAGAGGUCCACGAGGAGAUCCUGGCCCUGUCUGAGGACGCCAUCCACACUGCCGCCCAGAGGCCCCUGGGGGAGCUGUGGAAGUAACCGCCUCUGCGGGAGGCCCUGGCACCCAGCCGUAUUCAGAUUCCACAACUUCAGGAGCUGUUUCCCAGGGGCAGAAAUCUCAGGUCACCUCUGCUGACCCAGCGCUGGAUGCACCAGGGACCCCUGCGGUGGGGACAUUGGCAGUGUGGACCCCACACCUACAGUGGAGCAGUCUUCCUCUGCCUUCCGCUUCGUCCUGAAGAUGUUUCUGUAUUGCUAUAUUUUCUUAUUGAAAUUAAAGAACUCUGAACAGUUUCAUUGAGAUCAUGAGAAAUGAUAAUCAAUUGGAAUUCUCCUAAAUUUCUUACAGGUACUAAUAAAAAUUGACCUGAAAAUGUGUUUA